CUCUCGUUUCGUUCAGCACGCAAGGCUACAGACCUGCGAAAGCUCUCACCUUCUUUUCUCUUCUCGAUUUCUCUGUAAAAACCCUAAACCCUUGAAUCUGGAUUGAAUUCGGCGGUUUAAAGCCUAGUUCAGUCCUUCCAAACUCUGUAACAGAGCUUUAAGAUCAUUGGGUUUCCUUUUUGUUUGAGUUCUUCUCACAAGAUCCAUCUUCUUCUUCUGAUCAUCAUCCGUUUUCUUCGCAAUUCCUGGGAAGUAGGAGAAGAAUCUGUCUCCUACGGUUGAGUCCAAAUCGAACUCUCUCUGUUUCUUCAGUUGCCACGAGAUUCCUAUAAAGUUUCCUUCCUCUAUAAAAUUUUCUGUUCUGUUCCCCAUUUUUUUUUUAAUUUGACUCAAAAAACUAAUCAGUACCCGAGGCGCUUUAUAGUUUCUGUUUUUCUUUUCUGGCCGUACUUGAUGUAGCAUAUGAACCUUGUCGUUCUGUUCUCAUGGAAUUAACUGUAGAAACAAAUCGACAUACUCACUGGGACAGAGUAGAAUCGAGGGUGAAGUUUUCGGAGCAUGUUCUCAGAACAAAGAAGCUCAACAGUCGACCAGGGACGGAGAAAUCUGAUCUCCGACCAAAAUUGGUGAGGAUAACUUUCACAGAUGUCGACGCCACAGAUUCCUCAAGUGAAGACGGCAGAGGAGAGGAAAUCGUACGGCGAGUGAGAAAAUAUGUACAAGAGAUUGGAAUUGAUGCUCCUGCCAUGAAGAAGAAGAAGAAGAAGAAGAAGAAGAGAAAAAUGCAGUUGACGAACGGUGAUGAGAGCCGCCGGAAAAGUUUCAGAGGCGUACGAAGGCGGCCAUGGGGCCGUUGGGCGGCGGAAAUACGAGAUCCGAUUCGUCAGAAACGGUUAUGGCUUGGUACGUUUGAUACUCCACAAGAAGCGGCUACCGUUUAUGAUAACGCCGCCGUUAGAUUGAAGGGUCCCGAUGCCAUUACGAACUUCCCUGUUAGUUCACGGACGGAAACGGCGGUUGUUCAAGGCGUUAGUUCUUCUCCCAAGACGAUGAUGAGUCUCGAUUCUCUCGAAUGCACUGCAUCUCCCACAUCGGUGCUCCGUUAUGGUAGCCCAAUAACGCCGUUUGAUUCUGAAAUUUUUUACUAUGGACCUUAUGGCGAUGUUGAUGCUUUUGGGUUUGAUAUCGAAUCGCCGAUUCCAGUGGCAGAAAUCAAGUUUGCUAGAAACUGGUUUGGGAAAGAAGAACUCGGCGAGUUCGAGAUUGAUGAUGAUGACAACGAUGAUUUCGUACUGCAAUCGUCACUCGUCAGAUUAUGAAGAAAAGAGUUCUCAACGACUUCAACAAUAGGAAAUAUAUAUUAUUUUUGGUAAAUGGAAAUAGAUAUUUUGAAAGUAUAUUUAAACCGUGAGUUAGCCUAGCCCAGCCGAUUUUUUGGCCAUUUUGUUUGGUGUACUUUUUGUUUGGUUAAUUUUGGUUUAUAAUUCAAAAUUAAUUUAUGUAUUUAACGUGUAAGAUCCAUAGUGAUCAAGGAUUUAAGUAUCGGUCUAUAUAAUAUUAAUCCAGAUUGAAUUGAUGCGUAUUGAUCAC